GAAAUCAUUUACCCUCUACCAAACACCAUGUCUCAAUUUCCAGCAUUAGAAGAUUUUGAUGUAGGAUUAGGAUCUGCUCCUGAAGGAAAAAGUGAGCAAACUGACUUCCUUGAACGGGAGAAACUGGCCCUUGGUGAAGAUGCGAAUCAAUUCGAAACAUUAGAAGACAAAGAUGCGCUUUUAGGCUUUGAAAAUGAUCCAGAAGCAGAAAAGAACAAUUUUGAGAAAAACUUUCCUCCUAUCGAUACUGAAAUGCAGACCUCUGGCACUUUUUCGGCUCCCAAAACUCCUUACAUGGCCCAAGCGGAGGUGCACCCUCCUGAACAUGAAUCAGAGGAUUCGGAGCCCAUUCACAAGUGGAAAGAAGAGAACGAACGAAGAAUUCGUGAAAAGGACGAAGCAAGUCGAAGACUUUAUGAAUCCAACGUAGAAAAGGCAAGAAAAGCCAUUGAUGACUUUUAUGAGAACUAUAACGACAAAAAGGACAAAAUCGUUGCAAAGUCCAGAGAGGAACAAAAGAACCUUUUAGAAAAGAAUGAAGCUGCUUCCUCAGGCACUACUAGCUGGCAACGUAUUUUGAAGCUUGUCGAUUUGUCUGAUAAAGCCGAAGCUAGCGGCCGCUCGACUCAACGUUUCCAUGAAUUGCUUACUAGUCUUGCUAAAGAUGAAUCUGCCCCUGGAGCUGGCGGAAACGCUUUGUCUGCUUAAAUUGUACGCAAGGGUUCGAACCCUGUUUGGCAGAAUAUUGCAAGUAUCUCUUUUCUAAUUAAGCGCAUUUUUGAUAUUUUUCUAUGUUCAAUGAAACAUUUCUGAAUCUUUCUUUUUUGUAUCACGAGAACCUCUUUCAUUUGUGAGUAACCUACUUUUAUACCGCUAUAUAUCUCUUAUCUGUCAAUUCAGUAAUGGAUAAUGAACCGGUAUGUCAUUAUGUUCUAGUGUACUGUUACAUGAUAUACAACUUGCUGAUUUUACCUUUUCUCGUUCGUUCUGGAAUUGAUAUGGUCUGAGAAAGUUCGCAAUGAAUAAAAUUCAAUAAUGUUGAUUUUCCCUUCGACUUCUCUCCUUACUCGUAAAAGAAAAGCUAUAGUCUCUCGAAACCUUGAUACUUUUUGAAGAUAAAUCUAGGAUACUCCUGGUGUGGAUUCAAUUUUUUUAAUGAAGUCUACCCGUUCAAUUAACGAUUGAACAUAUCUCAUGCUGCUUCUCUACUAGCUAAUAAUUCAAUGAAAAUAUCUAUUAAAUAUAAAAACAAAACAAGGAUAACUGAACGCGUUAGCCGUAACUUCACGUCUGGGCAUUCGUCUUCUAGUUCGUCUAUUAUUAUUGCUUGCACGGUUUGAGCAAGUCAAUCCAAUAAACCAAAAAAGUAAUUGUCUACCUACCGAGGAGCUACAUCAUCAGUCCUCCCCAACUGCCAUUUUAUCAAUCGAUAAAAGUAAGUUCCUGGUUGAGAGAGUUCAUCAAACUUUCCUUUUUCGAGAAUCUUACCCUCAGCAACGACUAAAAUUAGGUCAGCGCUUCGUAUGGUAGCUAGUUUGUGAGCAAUUGUUAUUGUAGUCAUAUUUCGAUUCUGCAUCAAUGAUUGGAUAGUACGAUUAACCAUGACCUCCGCUUCUCCAUCCAGAGCAGAAGUGGCUUCAUCUAAAAUCAAGAAUGCAGGAGUCCGAAGGAGUGCUCUGGCUAUUGCGAUACGUUGCUUUUGUCCUCCGCUGAGUUGCAAACCACGCAUUCCGACUUGGGUAUCCCAAGUAUCUGGAAAAGAAUAUAUAAACCCACAAUCAGCACGAAGAGCAGCUGCCUCUAUUUCCUCUUGAGUUGCAUUUUGAUUACCAUAAGAAAUGUUAUCUCUAAUUGUUCCUGUAAAAAGAACUGGUUCUUGACCAACAACACCAAAGUGACGGCGCCACUGUUGUACAUUAAAGGUAGAAAUGUCAGUUCCAUUAGCAAGAAUUCUUCCAGAAACUGGAUUAUAGAAUCGCAAUAAAAGCUGAGAAAGGGUUGAUUUUCCACCUCCGCUAGCUGCAACAAUAGCA